AUGUGCGCUAGUGUGAACGAUUCCACACUGUCGGUCACACCCGCCAUUUACGCGUCGGUCCUCCACAGGCAAGGGCGCAAGAACAGAAGAUCGAUGACCGACCUCGUCCGCAUCCUCCCCUCCUUUCCCGUCACCCCCUUCUCGGCCCUCCUCUCGACGAUCGAGCAGCACGGGCUGUCGACGACGGAUCUCCUCUCAUUGCACCCAGCCGACAUCGCGAAGCAGACGCACCUCCCGCUGCUCGACCUCAAGCGCCUCAUCGCGGCGAUCCAGGCCUCAUUAUCGGAUGAUGUUGUUCCGGAGAUGCUCCUCGCACCGGCCGCUGGCGAGAAGCAGAGGCCGGAAGGAGUAGAAGGGGCCGAAGAGUCGGAAAGGACGGACGAUGCGGAUGAGGAUGAGGAGCAACGUGUCGGGCAAGCCAAGGCGAGGCCAGGCAACUUCAGCGAAGCCAUCUCCAUCUCGACGCUUGACGAUGAUCUUGACGCCGCGCUUGGAGGAGGCAUUCCCGUUGGCUCCAUCACCGAGUUCGCGGGCGAGAGCGGUGCCGGCAAGACGCAGUACCUACUCGCUCUCUGCCUCGCCGUCCAGCUGCCGCCCCCGCGCGGCCUCGGCAAGCAGGCCCUCUACAUCUCGACCGAGUCCGGUCUCGCGACUCAACGACUUGCCCAGAUUCUCGGCUCGAGCCCCAUCCUUCAGGCCAUCGACGACGCAGACCGCCCUUCAUUGGAUAAUAUCCUAAGCACCGUCACGCCCGACCUCGAAUCCCAGGACCACAUCGUUGAGUACCAGGUGCCGGUCCUACUUGAGCGUCACAGAAUCGGGCUGCUCGUCGUCGAUUCCGUUGCUGCAAAUUACCGAGCCGAGUUCGAGCGCCAGGGCUCCCGCGGUUCGAACAUGGCAGCGCGGAGCACCGAACUGAUUCGGCUCGGGGCCCUGCUACGAAACCUGGCUAGGCGACACGAGCUUGCCGUCGUCGUUGCCAACCAAGUUGCCGACCGCUUCUCCUCACCCUCCAUCGGCGUUCCUCGCAAUGCCCCGCACGGUAGCAUGGCAUCCGGCACCCCGGGAAGCACACCCCGUGAAAACCACUCGUCUCCGACGUCCUUUUCCUUCCCACCAGACGGCCAGCCCGCGCCGCCGGCGCUGCGGCUCGAACACCAGCAGCGCUGGUUUACGGGCUGGGGUGACGAUCCGCAUCCUUCUUACGGCCUCAAGACGCCUAGCCUGGGGCUCGUCUGGUCGACGCAGAUAUCCUGUCGGAUCGCGCUCUUCAAGCGACCAGUAUACGGUCGGCCCAGGAGGAUCGCGGCACCACUGGAAGCCGACGAUGGCGACUUCGAUGCUGAGACACCGACCCUGAAGGCGUGGAGAAGAUGGAUGAAGGUAGUCUUCGCCUCGCACACGAGUGCCUCGGGACAAGGCCUGGAUGGGGCAACCGAGUUUGAGAUUUUCAUGGGGGGUCUCCGGGCAGUCAAAUCAACGAGCAAGUCCAAGUCAAAGGAUAAUGGGUGA